GUGUUUGUUUGCCAGUGGGAGUCCGUUUGCUGCUGUAACUCUGGAUGAUGGCAGGAUGGUGAUUCUGGGACAGGGGAACAAUGCUUACAUAUUCCCAGGUGUGGCUCUGGCAGUAAUUCUGAGUGGUGUUAGACACAUCAGUGAUACGGUGUUCCUCGAGGCUGCAAAGAUCUUAGCAGAGCAGUUGACGGAUGAGGAACUGAAUCAGAAUCAGGGUCGUCUCUACCCUCCUCUUUCCAACAUUAGGGAGGUUUCUUUACAGAUGGCUGUGAGGAUAAGAUUUGUGUUUAUACAUACACACAAUGUGGUGGAGUUUCUGUACAGUAAAGGAAUGGCAUUUCGGUACCCAGAGCCACUGGAUAAGAAGGCGUAUGUGAGAUCCAUUGUGUGGAACACGGAGUACGAUUCCUUCCUCCCAGACAUCUACGAACGGGCUGGAGUGUCCCAUAGUCCUAUAGUGGAGUAAUCAUACACCCUAUAGCAUACACCUGAAACAGUCAC